AUGGUCCGACAGCGUCGCAAACCAGCUCCAGACACGACCGCGGCAACAACAAGGCCUAAACAGCCAACAGCCGCGCGCAGCAGCAGCAGCAGUAACGAACCCACGAUAAUGACGACGACGGAACCGGCCACGGCCAGACAAUGGAGCACGCGAACGCAAUGGAUCGCCUUUGCCAUUGCCAGCGGUGUCUGCGCCGCCUUUAACGGAGCCUUUGCGAAACUGACAACGACAGAGCUGACGACGAGUCUUUCCAACGGCAUAUCCAAUCUUGUGGGCUUGUCAGAAUACAAGCCCAUUGUUGAAUAUGUGAUUCGAGCCGUAAGCAUCAACAACCCACGACGGGGCAAGUCCAAGCUAACCACAGAGACUCUUUUUGGUGAGCAGAUGUUUUUCGUAUUGAAUCUCGUCUUCAACGGCGUCAUGUGGUCUUUAUUCACGACCGCCUUGGCCAGAGGCACAUCGGCCACGCAAGUCUCCAUCAUGAACACGUCGUCCAACUUCAUCGUCACCGCGAUGCUGGGCAUCGCCGUCUUUUCUGAGAAGCUGCCGCCUCUCUGGUGGGUUGGGGCCGCUCUGCUCGUGGUGGGCAACGUCAUCACCGGGCGCAAGAAUGACGGCGAUGAAGUCGUGGAUGCAGACGCCACCGUGGAGGCAGAGCCGCUCAUUGUCCUUGAGAACGAUGACGCUGCUCAAGAGGCAGACGAGUCAGCGUACAAGGAUGAUGAAUAUGACUCUGAUGUCCCGGAUAUUCCAGUGCAAUAA